GAGAGGUUGAGACCUCGAGGGAUUUGAGGAGUGACAGGGACAGACUCACGGUGCUGAGGGACAGGGUGGAUUUGUGACCUGAGGUUAAUAAGUCUCCUUCACUCCCUCUCUCUCUCCAGGUUAUCUCUGAGGAUCGAACCAGGAAACAGCUCUCCCCGUCUGGUCUCCUCCAAAGAGGAUCUGGCAGGACCCUCGGAAGUGUCGGCCUGGGUGAGGUACAGCCGCAGACCCACCUGCCCAGACACCUCGGUCUCCGGCGGCUUCUCCACACCCCCCGUCCCCCGUCACCGCAAAAGCCACAGCCUCGGCAACAAUGUGAUGUGUCAGCUCAGUGUGGUGGAGAGUAAGAGUGCCACCUUCCCCACGGAGAGGGCCAGACACCUGCUGGACGACAGUGUCCUGGAGGGUCACAGCCCCUCCCACAGCCAGGAGGCCCCCCCCAGCAACAACAGGGUGUCUGUCGGAAGCAGCCAAAGCUCUGACUUCAGUGAGGAAUUGUCGUCGGGUUUGGACAGGAGCCGUAUGUACGCCACGCUGGGGCCCAACUGGCGAGUGUCGGUGCGAAACCCCCCAGGGAAACAUUGUAACGUCACCAGUCCCUCAGGGGCGUGCGGCUGCUCUCUCUCGGGCGUUGCUGGGACCAUCACCAUACAGGGCCCCCUACGCCGCAAAACACUGCUGAAGGAGGGCAAGAAACCCACGAUGGCCUCGUGGACACGUUACUGGCUGAUCCUGUCGGGGUCUCUGCUCCUUUAUUACUCCGCAAAAACCUUGCGCGCCUCCGAGCGAAAACACUUUAAGUCCACGGCCAGUAAGAAGGUGUCGAUCGCGGGCUGGAUGGUGGUGCUGCCCGAUGACCACCAGCACCCGGACAUCUUCCAGCUGAACAACCCCGACAAAGGCAACGUUUACAAGUUCCAGACCAGCUCGCGGUUUCAUGCAAUAAUAUGGCACAAGCAUUUGGAAGACGCGUGCAAAAGCAAUCGGCCUCAGAUACCUACCAACCUUAUGUCAUUUGAGUGACGGUACAAAGUGCACACAGCAAAAUGUGAUUAAAGUGCCAAACCCAGACGAGGGGCGGGGAAACUUUUUUUUAAAAAAAGAACAAAGAAAAUCGGAUUCUAUAAGAUAUCAAAAAAAAACUAGGAAAAAGGCGACCAAGACGACAAGCCGUGAAAAAAGAUUUUGAAAUGACUUGCGCGAAAAUACUGCCAGUGUCAAAAUUUUACCUGAAGCACUUUUUUUUAAAAAAAACGAAGCUUGCCAAGUGUGACCUGGGAAACGAAACUUAAAACGUUCUCGCGACGUAGGAAGCCAACAACUGCUCCUGAGCCCCCCAGCCCACCCG